CAAAUGGAACUACAAACAUACUUUGACAACGACGAAGAGGAUAAUAAGGAGAAUGGCGUGACGACACCUCCAAAUAAUGAUCCAGAUCCUGGACCUCCAGAAAACAAUAAGACUCCCGAAGCUGAACAAACCAACGAUCAAGAAAUAUCUCCGAAUAACGGGAUUGACGAGCAGUUCUUAAAAGACAUAUUUGUUGAAUCAGUUAGCAGGAUCCUGGAAAAUAUGAUCCAAAACUCAGCAACAGUGCUAAAUUUUAACUCUCUGACUGUAUUUGAUGCUCGUGAUAUACCAGGAAUUUCGAUAUACAAUUACCUAAGACGAAUAAUGGCCUAUUCUGAAGCUACUUCGAGGACUAUUGUAAUGUGCUUAUCUCAUAUCGACAACCUUACGAAUGACGAUAGCUCUCCAGUCAUACUAACAAGGCACAACAUUCAUCGACUUCUUGCAGUAUCAAUGAUGGUUUCUGCGAAGUUUUAUGAGGACUGCUACCUCGAUAAUGAGUCUUGGGGAGAAAUCACUGGGUUGUCUCUCUUUGAGAUCAACAGACUUGAGCGUAAGUUUCUUACAUAUAUCGACUUCAAGAUCAACACUAAGCUGGACUGAUACAUCCAGUAUGUCCAGAUGCUCCUCAGCUAUGCUGUUGAGAGCAACAUAGUUGAUUAUGACACGGCUGGAGGCCUUCUUCAGGCAAUUGUAGAUGCCUCAGCACUAGAGUUCGAAGAUAGUGCUAACUAAUUACUUUCUAAGAUAACCAUCAAACCCGAGUUUGGGUACUCUCAAGUUUGAGGAGCACUUAGAAGGUAAGGUACCUUCUAACCCUGAAGCUCUCGCAUGUCAGUAGAGUACCCAGAUUCGGCCUUAAGUUUUAAAACGCUUACAUUCUUAAAAGUGUGUUUAAGUCAUC